CCUCUUAAAAUCGAUUACACAAAGUCGGCAUUGCCCUGCCACAUCAGCCUUUACAGCUAAAGUACAGUGUUUUAAGUUCGAAAGUGCAUUUUAUCUAUGUCGAUGUCGAUACCUAGUGAGAUCCUAAUCUAUAAAGGCUGUAUUUUUCCGCAUGUGGUCACGAACUUGCUUGGUGUGAUCUAACCAAGAUGUAAAUUCCUGUCGGCCAUAGAAAAAGCAAUAACAGUUAGUAGUAAACACAUCAACUUCCUUCUGACAAUUAAAAUGGAUUGCAAAAUAAGCUGUGAAUCAUGGCUGGUGAUUUUUGGCACUCUCCUUGCAAUACUACUUAGAAGUUGCACAAGCUUACACCCUUACUCAGGCGAAGCAUCCCCUCCGAUGUAUGGUGACUACGAAGCUCAACGGCACUGGAUGGAAGUCACCACCAACUUACCCGUCACAGAAUGGUACAGAAAUGGUACCCACAACGAUUUAAACUACUGGGGCUUGGACUACCCACCUUUGACUGCUUACCACAUGUACUUGUGUGGGAAAAUAGCCAGUUUUAUAAAUGAAAACUUCACGAAGCUACAUGACUCACGCGGAUACGAAAGUGAAACACACAAAGUGUUUAUGCGCUCAACGGUACUCAUCAGCGAUGUAUUCCUAUUCAUUCCUGCCAUGAUUUUGUAUUACCAGACAGCUCUUAAGAUAGCAAAGACUCAGGAUAGUGAAAUUAAGAAGAAAAAGCAGAAAACGACAAGGACUUUAAAUGAAAUCAAACCUAUGAAUGUAUCGUUGUCUACGACUCUAGCCCUGCUGUACCCAGGAAUUAUAUUAAUAGAUCAUGGCCAUUUUCAGUAUAACUGUAUAUCCCUAGCCUUUGCUAUAUUUGCAACAACUUGCCUGCUACAAGAAAAGAACGUAUUGGCAUCCUUCUUCUUUUGUCUAGCGUUAAACUACAAACAGAUGGAGUUAUAUCAUGCUUUGCCCUUCUUUGUGUACCUACUAAGUACUUGUGUUCCGAAACCUGGGCAGAGCGCUUUCUGGGGCAUAUUAAGGCUAGUAAAAAUAAGCCUGACUGUUAUUGUAACGUUUGUGAUAAUUUGGUUACCGUUUUUGACCGAUUUCGACUUGUUACUUCAAGUUCUGCAUAGACAGUUCCCGUUGGCCAGGGGAGUCUUCGAAGACAAAGUGGCCAAUGUCUGGUGUGCCUUAAAUGUGAUUUUCAAGUUCAAAACCAAAUUUGACAAUUACCAAAUGAUGCGGAUCUGUCUGUUCGCUACUUUAUCAGCCAUUUUCCCCUCGUCCGUCGAUUUAUUCCUACGGCCUAACUUAAGGAAAUUCGUCCUAGCUCUAGUCAACUCGUCUCUGGCAUUUUUCUUGUUCAGUUUUCAAGUACACGAGAAGAGUAUACUUAUAGUCGCGGUACCAGUUUUGAUGUACUUUCCCUACGCACCCUUUGUUUGUUUUUGGUUCUUGUGCAUUUCCAUCUUCAGUAUGUUGCCGUUACUCAUAAAAGAUGGUCUAGUUAUAGCUGUUAUAGCUCUAACGGCAUUCUACAUUGUGUCGUUCAGGGUCUCUAUAGAACAUGCAUAUCGUAGCUCUCUAAAUGUUCAAGACGGUUUGGGGGAGUAUUACAAAAGUUUACUCCACACCCUGUUGGACAUAGAAUAUAAGAAAGCGACACAGUUAGGUAUAAUAAAAAUCGUACACCAGCAGGUUAUUAAAAAUUCUUACGCCUUAAGGACUCUUGUACUUCAUUUUGGAAUGCUCUUGUCUCUGGUAGGAUGUUUAGUUUUGUUUCUUGUCACAUUACUGUGCGAGCCGCCGGCACGAUAUCCAGAUUUAUUCCCACUUUUGAUUUCCGUUUAUGCGUGUGUACACUUUCUCGGAUUCUUUGCGUAUUUCAGCGUGAAGCAGCUCAGGAUACCUCAGCAGUUCGAGGAUAUAAAGCAUGUGAAGACCUUUUAAAAACAUAUCUUUAGCGUAACAUUCCCUUUUUGUUAUUUAUACAGUGUGUUUAAUGAUGUCGUAUUGCAGCGGAAAGGAAAAUGUUAUUGUAUUUGUUGUAGUUGUCCAUUUUUUUGUUAUAAUUUGAUGUUUCUAUAAAUAAAAGGUUAACAGUGA